AUGGCUCGUCAAUUUUUCGUUGGUGGUAACUGGAAGAUGAACGGCUCUGUUGAGCAAGUCAAGAAGCUCGUUGAAAUGCUCAACGGUUUCAAUGUCCCUGCCAACACUGAGGUCGUUGUCGCUCCUCCCGCUCUCUACCUUGACCGUGUCCACCAAAACAUCAAGAAGGAAAUCAAGGUGGCCGCUCAAAACACCUACAUCAAGGCCUCUGGUGCUUACACCGGUGAACUCUCCCCUCAAAUGCUCAAGGAUAUGGGUCUUGAAUGGGUCAUCAUCGGUCACUCUGAACGUCGUGAAUACUUUAAGGAAUCCGAUGAACUCGUCGGUGAAAAGACCCAAUUCGCCAUCGAAGCCGGUGUCUCUGUCAUUGCCUGUAUCGGUGAAAAGCUCGAAGAACGUGAAGCCAACAUCACCAACGAUGUCGUUGCCCGCCAAAUGAAGGCUAUUGCCAAGUACGUCAAGGACUGGUCCAAGGUCGUCGUUGCCUACGAACCCGUCUGGGCUAUCGGUACUGGUAAGGUCGCCACUCCUGAACAAGCUCAAGAUGUCCAUGCCUACCUCCGUAAGUGGUUGGCUGAAAACGUCUCUCAAAAGGCUGCUGAUGAAACCCGUAUCCUUUACGGUGGUUCCGUCAACGGUGCCAACUGCAAGACUCUUGCUGCCAAGCCCGAUAUCGAUGGUUUCUUGGUCGGUGGUGCUUCUCUCAAGCCUGAAUUCGGUGAUAUCAUCAACUCUCGCCAAUAA